GCAGGCAAGGCAGCGGGCACCGGGCCAUCAGGCGGAGCAGCGGGUACCGGGCCAUCAGGCGGAGCAGCGGGUACCAGGCCAUCAGGCGGAGCAGCGGGCACCGGGCCAUCAGGCGGAGCAGCGGGUACCGGGCCAUCAGGCAAAGCAGCAGGGCAAGGCGGAGCGGGGCACUGGGCCUGGGUCACCAAGCUCGACAGUGGGAACCGAGUCAUCUGGCAGGACAGCGGGUACCGAGUGAUCUGGCAGAACCGGGGCACUGGGUCACCAAGCUCGACAGCGGGCACCAAGUCAUCUGGCACGACAGCGGGCACCGAGUCAUCUGGCAUGACAGUGGGCACCGAGUCAUCUGGCACGACAGCGGGCAAUGAGCCAUCUGGCACGACAGCG